AUGUCCAGCACAGAUCCCGCUCCCGGCUCGUCCUCCGCCCCAGCGCCAGCCCCGGCCUCGCCGCCGCUCCCAGCGCGGCACACGGCCGUGGCCCCGGGCCCGCGCGCGGCCAAGUUCCAGAAGGUGCUGGACGACAGCCUGAGGCACACGCUGGGCAAGAUCGGCUGGGACAACUUCGCCUCGUGCUUCCCGACCAUCGCCGCGCAGGCGCCCGCCACGCUCAAGCUGGUGCAGGGCCAGAUGGUCGACCGCCUCGGCGCCCUGUGUCGCAAGGAGUUCGAGACGGUGCUGCAGAACCGCCACGUCGUCGCCCGCCUCAACGAGCUCGAGGGCCUGAUCAGCGACGCCGAGCGCCGCCGCGACGACGCCGGCCUGGUGGACGGCGCGCACGCCCCUACUCCACCGCAUCUGCUGCCGGCUUCCGACGUCCUCGCCGCGCACCUGGCGCCGCACCUCGCACUCCAGCAGUCGCAGCUCAACGCCAAGCUGCAGACGACCCAUGCGCUCAACGCCAAGCUGUUCGCCGACAUCCAGAAGCAGCGCGCCGAGCUCGAGGCGCUGCUGGCGCUGCUCGAGAAGCUGUUUGCCGACAUCGACGGCGCCAACAAGGCCAUGGACGGCGUGGUGGACGAUCUCGCCAAGGAGACACGGACCGUCGAGGUUGAGAUGUCCGGGUCCUGA